AUGACCCCCCUGAAGAUGCUGCUCCUGGUCGCACUCCUCCUGGGGGCUUCUCUGCAGGUCACACACGCAGCGCGAGGGACCAAUGUGGGCCGGGAGUGCUGCCGAGAGUACUUCAAAGGAGCCAUUCCUCUCAAAAGGCUGAAAAUGUGGUACAAGACCUCAAGGGAGUGUCCCAAGGAAGCCAUCGUGCUUGUAACUGUCCAAGACAAGCUCUUCUGUUCGGACCCCAAGGACACGAGGGUGAAGAAAGCAGUCAGAUAUUUAAAAAGCAUGUGGGACCCCGGGCUCCAAGAAUCCUGAUUUUUGCCUGGACCAUUUGGAGACCUCCAGCCUCAGUGUUCACUACCCCAACCCCGAGCUGCCUGAGUCCAGGGGAGGCCCUACAAGGACAAAGGGGACCCCUGCCCCCUUUUCUGGACUGGAACGAUAGCAGAAAGAGCCCAGAUUAAAGUCUCUCCUUCGU